UAGAUGAUAGCUGAGGAUACGGUCAUCACCUUUCCGUUGAGACUUGUUCGCUUACUGAUUCCAUAUUCGAGAUGAACAUUUCCCUAUGGGAGAAGCGGAAUACAAGUCUGUAUUAACAGUGGAUUUUAUUACAUUCUUAACAUAGGCAUGAAGAUGAGAUUCAGCAUCAACAUCAUUUCAGGUUUCUUCUUACUAGUCUGUGGUUCCUCAACCAACAUCAACAUCAUUACAACCGGAAACCGCACAGUGUAUAACGCUCACGACUACGGCGUUGACGUCAAGAAUAUCUCGUCGAUUCUCUUCCGUGUCAAAGGGUGCACUGACGGUAGGAUAAAUCUCUUUGAAGGUCCUAACUUUGCCCCUGCCAAGAAUGCAGAUAUUUUGCUCGGUGGUUGGGCAAAUCGGAAAUGUUCAAUGCUUCCUUGCAGUGGCUGUACAACUCUAGAAUCAGAAUGGGUCACCUCCGUCUUGAAUUGUAACGAGAUGAGGUCAAUGUGGGUCAACUGGACUGGCAGGUUGCUUAGCGUGGGACACGGGGCUUAUGUUGGAGAACACACCUUCAUGUCUACCGAAGAGGAAAGAGAUUUUGAUGUCCAGUAUUUGGGAGUUGGAUCCUCUUAUAAUGACGUAUUUGACUGGGAAUUUGAUGGCAACGCCGGGAAUUACUUUGAGCGGGUGGUGCCUUAUGGUUGGAGUACACGCCAAACGUUGUCUUCAGUGACGGCCUCCUCUAUGGUAAACUGCAUCAAAAGUUGCCAAGGCAGGAUCAGCUGUAGGUCAGUCAGCUACCAGAACACGACCAACACCUGUCAGUUAUACUUUGAACGAUCACGAUCCGUUGAUAUCCAACCUGACAACACUUGGGAAACAUGGACGGAGAGAAACAUGUGAAAGAAGCUCUCGUAGUCAACACUGGUCCUUCAGACUGAUACACAUGUCCUGGUCUUCUAUUCGAGGAAGAAUCAAAAUUAAGAUUAUCUUUGUCAACUGCUGUUACAAUACCUAUGCUGUACACACAUCAUAUGUGAUGUCAUGUAUGUAUUACAUAUUCUAAACGGUCCCUAGAUUUUCAAAGGUAGAACCUGCCAGACCCUGGAACUUUCUCAAAGAACGUGCUGUAACAAUUUACCAUAUUUUACAAUGUGUAAGCAUGGUAUUGAUAAGCCGUCACAAUUCAGUGGUAGUGUUAGUGUCAUGUUUACUUCUCCCACUAUCUUGCAAAUUACAAUAACUACAAAUAAAAUAAGCUGCAUUAAAUAAGGUGGCGGCGAAGACGUACCAGUUGUGCCAAAUAUGACACGAAUUUUCCCCAAACAACCAACAUGGCCUGAGUACCAACACGGAAUGGUCCAAAUUUGUCGCGAACAUGGAACAAGUGUACAGAAUUCUUCAAAGAGCAGCUGAAAAACUUGGAUCUUCAAAUUGCACAGUACAUGUUUGGUUAUUGUUUACCACUCAUCAAUGUUCCAUCUAUAUGACGGUGGUCACCUGUGUGUAAAUAAUCUA